GCCAGUGGCAAAAAGGGGGCAUCGGCUCAGGAGGAGGAGGAGGAGGGCGAGAUGGGCCGCCUUCUUCCGCAAGCCCUGCUCAGGUCUGUAAACGACGGAUCCACAUUCAAAGGAUUUUGGUUGUGUUCCAGCCUGUUGGGAGGAGGAUCAUGUCCAGGACUCCGCAGAAGCCAAAGCAGUUGACAGAAAUAACAGAUGCCAGAGGGAAGGAAAGCCAGGACAACCCCAAGAUUUUCCCCUGCAGCCAAUGAGGCAGCAGCAUUUGAAAGCAAACAGCCAAUCUAGACUAACAUCUGGCAGUUCACCAUCAAAAAAGAACAUAAUUAGUCGACAGAUCAUCCACAAUGACUUCCUGGAGCCCCGUGACCAUGAUUCAACAGCUUUGACAAAGAACGGCAUCACUACCUAUCCUGCAGCAGUCCUGAGGAGCAACACAGACAAACCCAGCAAGGAGAAGGCCAGGCAACAUGGCAAGUGGCUUCAGACCCAAAGAGCCCACAGCCUAAAUAGCCCUGUACGGUCUAUCAAAUCUGUGGCAACGGCAGCUCCUUUCCAAGAUCUCUGGCUUUCCAAAGAGAAGUCUCUUUCCAAGAAAAGUCGGAUUUUAUUAAGAGCCGCUGGUGCAACUGAUCUCAAGGGCAAGAGGCAGUACAGUACUAUCUCUAGAAAAUUUCUGGCACAGUGGCAACAAGAUACCCACAGCAGAAACAGAUUGGCCCAAAAGAUAGUGUGCCCUGUAUUUUGGACAGAUGAAGUGGGCAUGUGGAGUGCACAAGGGGGAGAGUCUGUCCAUCCCCUUAGGGGAGCCACGCUCUUCAGCAGAACCCUUGCUAUUGUCAUUUCAACAGCUAAUAAAACAUACUGCUUCCUCUAAAGGCAUUUCCCUC